AUGCCCAGCAUCCUUGAAAUCCCCGUCCACGUUUUCGAAGGCGAAAAUGGAGUGCCGCGACCUCGUAGAUUCGCACAAGUACCCAAUGACAUCUUCGGAUUGCCUAUAAGGCCAGACAUACUGCACCGCUGUUACACGUUUUAUCGCAGAGCUAAAGCCGGAUACAGCGAAGACAUGCAGCUGUACAAGUGGGAAUGGCCCGGUAGCACCCGUAAGUGGCGAAAGCAGCAAAAGACAGGGAAGGCGCGCAUUGGGUGGAAAAAAUCUCCCGGUAAAUACCUCGGCGUCUUUGCGCACCCUAUAAGACCAAUGGACCAUCGGACAAAGAUUCAACGCAGGGUGCUCUGGGUCGGACUCAAGGUUAUGCUGUCGGUGAAAUUCACGCAAUCUCAAAUCAAUGUGGUGGAUUCCUUCCUCAUGAAGUCACAUAAGACGAAGUAUGCCGUUGACAAUCUUCGGCGCAUAUUAGGAAACAAUUGCAAUUCGGCGCUGCUCGUUUUUUGUGGUAAUAAUGACGCCAAUGAGAACUUCAGAUGGGCAACUGCAAACAUACCUGCUGUUAAAAUUGAGACUGUGGAGGGGGUUAACGUGUACAACCUCUUGAAGUAUAGACAGCUGGUUUUAACAGAAGCCGCGCUGAAGAAACUUAUACAUCUUAUAGAGGGUUACCCGCGUAAAAUGGACUGGUUACCUAGAUUCGCGACUCCGAACAACAUUCCGGCUCCUAUUCCGGAAAAGGUACAAGGGUGGAACAAAGUAUGGAGAGAAAGCCGCAUGGGAAGAAAACUUGCUUCACAAAGCAAGGAGCAAUGGCUGGAACAGGUAAAAAAUUGGAAAUGGUCGUCUGAACCUAAAGGCGCGCUAAAAGUGCCGCGCUAUGAUCCUUUGGAAGAUUUUAGAUUGGUGCACAUCUCAAAUGAUGUAACUCAAGAUGCUAAAGUACGCUUCCAGUAUCUGUACGAUUCAUUGUUCGACCCAACGGAAACCCUUACCAUUGACGAUGACCAAAUGGAAGUGGAGCAUGAUGGGACCAUUUAG